ACGCUCCUUUCCCGGCCGCGGAGACCCGGCAGAGCUUGGCCAAUCGGGCUCCGAGCUGGCCCCUCGAAGCCCUUUCCUCCAAUGGAAGGCAACGGCCGGUGAUGACGCGUCCAGCGGAACGAGCGCAGGCGUGUCGGUCGCCCGGGUCCGGCAGGCGGAACGGCUGUGUUGCUUCUGUUCGUUGUCUCGGAGCUUCAAGUUCUGCUGGGGCAGGAGAGACCCACGGAGGGAGACGAGGUGGUGGUGACGACGGCGCUGAAGGAGAAGCCAAGGAAAGGCAGCUUUCCGCGCUUCGUCUUGUUUUUUUUCUCGGUUGGCAAGGGGGAUAGAAGAGGAUGAGCUGGCUCUUCCACUACUCCAAAGGGGGUAGCGGUGGCGGCGGCGCCACCGCUGCCACCUCUUCCUCCUCUUCCGCCGGCGGAGUAGCUUUGCCUUCGACCCUCACCAGCCUCCAGCAGCAGCGGCAACGGCAGAUCGAGUCCCUGCGCAGCGCCCAUGCCGCUAUAGCUGAAAUACAAAAAGAUGUGGAAUAUCGGUUGCCCUUCACUGUAACUAACCUGACAAUUAAUAUAAAUAUCUUGCUUCCUCCUCAGUUUCCUCAGGAAAAGCCAGUCAUCAGUGUUUUCCCCCCAAUAAGGCAUCAUAUAAUGGACAAACAAGGAGCAUAUGUGACGUCUCCAUUAAUUAGUAAUUUCACAAUGCACUCUGAUCUUGGCAAAAUAGUUCAAAGCAUACUUGAUGAAUUUUGGAAAAAUCCUCCGGUUUUGGCUCCCAGCACAACAUUCCCAUACCUUUACAGCAAGCCAACUGGAAUUCCUACAUAUGCUCAGAAUUUUCCAUUUCUUUCUCCAUAUCUGCCACAAGAAACAAAUAGGUCUGUAGCACCUGUGCCCCUUGCAGAAUCACUUUCUUCAGGUUAUACUACAGACAGACCUGCAGCUCCUUCCUUUGGCAUGAUAACUGACUUGCCAUUACCUGUUCCAACAACAGAAACAUUAUCACAGGGAAACCAAAAUGGAUUCGGGUACAAAAUGCCUGAUGUUCCAGAUGUAUUUCCAGAACUAUCAGAACUAAGCAUAUCACAGUUGACAGACAUGAAUGAACAAGAAGAUAUAUUGCUAGAACAAUUUGUUAAUCUGCCCCAAUUGAAGCAUAUUAUUAAUGAUAAAGAUGAUUUAGUGAAAAGCAUUGAAGAACUAGCAAAAAAAAAUUUAUUGUUGGAACCAAGCUUGGAGUCAAAAAGGCAAACAAUAUUAGAUAAAUACGAACAACUGAUUCAUUUGAAAACCACAUUUGAAAAGAAAGUACAAAGGCAGCAUGAACUUAGUGAGAGUUGCAGUGCAAGUGCACUGCAGGCAAGAUUGAAAGUGGCCGCCCAUGAAGCUGAAGAGGAGUCUGACACUAUUGCGGAAGACUUUCUGGAAGGGAAAACAGAAAUAGACGAUUUUGUUAGUAGUUUCAUGGAGAAAAGAACAAUUUGCCAGUGUAGAAGAGCCAAAGAAGAAAAGCUACAACAGACAAUAGCAAUGCGUGGCCAAUUUCAUGCUCCAUUAUAGAUUUUUUUUCAGCUAAUUAGAAUUUUAAGGCAACAAAUCCAGCAAAGCACAUUUUCAUAGAUCUAUUAUUUUGCAAAUAAGCAUUUCAUUAUGGUUGUAUUUAUAGAAAAAAAUUGUAUAUAGAGCUGGGGUGAUUUUUUUUGUACAAAUUAGUGUCUUUCUAUUAUUUUAUUCAAGAUGUACUUCUACUGCAAUUUUUGCACUAAUAUUUCUUGUUAUUGAUUACCAUUAUCAUAUUUAAUUUCAUGCUGCUGUCUCUAUCACCUUUAUAGAUUAAAUAUUUAAAGAUGUAAUUUUGACUAGAUUUUUAAAUUUUAUACAGCAUAAUCCAUAACUUUCUUAUUAAAUACUGCUGGUUUGUUUGAGAGGCAUAGAAAUGUUGGUUAAAGUAAAUUACAAGUAAAAUAAAUUAGUUUUUUCACCCUGCUUUUUCACCCAUUUUUGUAUCUUUCACUACAUAAAUAAGAGUUCAAGUACUUAAUUCAAUACACUACUGCAAUCAGAUUGAGUAGUUAAGACACUGAAGAACUAAAAGUUUUAAGCACCCCUUUAGACUUUUAGAGGAAAUCGGUAUGAUUUUGUAUAGAAUUCUUUCUUGUAAUUUUGCCACUCAUUGCUUUGGGAAAUAUCCUUCCUCAAGCCUCAAGUGGAGAUAGGCAUAAUUCUCUUCAGUUCUUACAUCUUUCUUUUGUAUUUGUGUUGAAGCAAAUGAGUGGGUAGAUUGUGUAAGAUUUUGGUAUUCCUACAUUUGCUUUAUUUCCUCAUCUCUGUUCUCUUUUGACCUAGUGAAAUCAAGGAGGGAAGAAGAACUUUAUCUAGUCUAUAUAUUACCAACUAUAUUAUUUAGAUCCAGUAGAAUAUACUCAAACCCUAAUCUCUCAGUGCCCUGCAUCAGAUGUAAAAUAAGCAAGUUUAUUCACCUGUUCAGUAUUAUGUUGUCAGAAGGUAAUGAAAUAACUGCAGUUUUAAAUCACUGUUCUACAGAGAUAAAAUUGAGGUUAUCCUAAAAAUACAACCAAAGAAUUUUAUUUUCAUAUAAAAAUAGUUUAAUUUUAUGUCUUGCAUGUUUAUAAGAACUCAGAAUGUUUUUAUAAUUAAAUCUUGGACUUUUUUUCUUUAGAUAAUUGGCAAAAAAUCUAUAAAUGACAAUAUUGCAGAAAACUAAAUCUAGGAGUAUACAUUCAUGACUUGUUUUUUCCUUUUGCUGCUGACUUUGUUAAGGAAUAAAUUUCUUUUUCUUGAACGGUUUAUAGGGUUUCUCUCCAAAAAGGUUCAGUAUUGAUAUUUGCAUUUUUGAAGCAGAAUAUUCAAUUCUGCAUGUGGAAUAGUAACUGUAGAGUUCAGCUUUAUAUACUUUGGAAAGUAAUGAUAAUUUUGAGACUUAAACUGGAAAUAAAUAAAUUUGGUGGAACAAA